CUCAGGAAUGGUGAAUGCAUUGAAGGAUUCACUGGACUUAAGGAACCGACCUUGACAACCUUCCUUUGGCUGCUUUCCUGCCCGAUGAUUCUUUCUACGUUACCAGUAGUCACUGGCAGGGUGUGUAAUACCUAAGUAUUAACGGUACUAUACUCUCUAUCUAGCUGCUGCCUCCAGUCCGUACUUCGUUCAUUCAUUUUAUCCUUUCCACCAUCGAUCUGCAUCUGAUUCUACCAGGGGGGUCAGCCCAGUAGUCACCAUGUUCGAGUUUCCUCCAAUGCCGUCCGUCACCGCCACUUGGCGCAACGACACCUAUGCCGCCAUCUCGCCAGAGCGUCCUGAGCUUAGUGCUAGGGGAAAGACGGUAGUCAUCACAGGAGCUGGUAGUGGUAUAGGCAGACAGACCGCCCUGUCGUUCGCCAGCGCCGGUGCUGAGCGUGUGGUUCUCCUUGGGCGGACCGAACGCACGCUGAAGGAAACGGCCGGGCUCCUGCUCAGCACCGUGUCGGCCGUGGUUCACGCUGUGGAUACCACCGAUGAGAAGGCCCUCAAGGACGUUGCCGACUCGGUCGGGCAAUGGGACGUUCUGGUUCUUUCUGCUGGCUAUGCUUCCGCUGUCUCCACUAUUGCCUCGACCGAGGUCGAUGAGUGGUGGCAGGGGUUUGAGACCAAUGUCAAAGGCACGUUCCUUGCUAUCAAGAAAUUUCUCCCCACGGCGAACGAGAAGGGCGCAGCCGUGCUCGCCUUGAGCAGCGGCACAGCGGCCUUUCCUACGCCAUUGUCGCCGGGGAUGUCCUCGUACAACGCGUCGAACCUGGCCCAGAUCAAGGUUGUCGAGUACCUCGCAGCCGAGCAGCCAAACAUCUUUGCUGCCUCGGUGCAUCCCGGCAUCCACGACACGGCUGUUCUCGCCAAGAUCGGCGCAAAGCCUGACCAAGUGCCCCUCGACAACAUCAAGCUCGCUGGCGACUUUUUGGUCUGGAUGGCGAGCCCUGAAGCUGCUUUUCUUAGGGGCCGUCAGGUAUGGGCCAAUUGGGACGUGGACGAGCUGAAGCUAGAGGCUGAUGUCCUCCAGGCUGGUCGGAUGCUGACAAGUGUCAUGGGUGCUGAGGAGAAGCUUGUGUAAUAUCCAUGGCUAAGCCAACUCUUAGUGGGCAGGAAAUAUCUGCCUGAGUUUGCAUGUUAGCCCUAGCAUCAGAGCCGCUUCUCCGCCAAUAUGUGCUUCUCAACAAGCCGAUCCAACUUGACAUGAUGCCCAAGCCAGGCACAAGUCUACACCGACCCAAACCCAGGGCGGAACUCAAUGGGGGGGGUCAUAAAAGUAGACUGUGUGCUGCGUGUAGUAAGAAAUUGUGCAAAAUAACUGUUCGAUCGACGUACCAGAGUCUAAAACUGCCCAUGUCCAAAGCCCGUAACCUCUGGAAGUGUGCUGUCCCAAAUCCUCAACCAUGCCCUCUCGUAGCAGCA